AUGGAAGCGACUCAGAGGCAUUUUGUUUUGGUCCAUGGAGCCUGUCAUGGAGCAUGGUGUUGGUAUAAGGUGGCAACUCUGCUGAAAUCUGCUGGCCAUAAAGUUACAACAUUGGAUAUGGCUGCUUCUGGGGUCCACCCCAAGCAGGUGAAUGAUAUCCCUUUAUUUUCGGACUAUUAUGAGCCCUUGACGGAAUUCAUGACGACUUUGCCGCCAGACGAGAGGGUUAUUCUUGUAGGUCACAGUAUGGGAGGGCUUUGCUUAUCUGCUGCCAUGGAGAGGUUUCCUGAAAAAAUUUCCGCUGGAGUAUUUGCAACAGCUUUUAUGCCAGGCCCCGGCUUCAGUUACAUCACUGUGAUAGAAGAGUUUGAUAGACAGUUUAAUUCCUACAUGGACACACAAUAUAUUUUUGACAAUGGACCAAACAACCCUCCAAGCUCCAUACGAUUUGGACCAAACUUUUCAGCAACAAACUUGUACCAGCUCUCUCCUAGUGAGGAUCUAACUCUAGCCACAUUGUUGAUGAGACAUAUGCCAUUCUAUGAAAAAUCUGCUGUACAAAAUAUGAUAACGGUCACCAAGGAGAAAUAUGGAACCGUUCCUCGAAUUUACGUUGUGUGUGACCAAGAUUUGAUAAUUAUGGAAGAUUUCCAGAGGUGGAUGAUCACGAACAAUCCGCCGGACGAGGUAAAGAUUAUAACUGGCUCUGAUCAUAUGGUCAUGUUUUCCAAACCACAAGAGUUAUGCUCUUGCCUUCAAGAGAUUGCCGAAAAAUACUUAUGAAUUCACACUUGCUAGUCGUGGGCUAAAGGGAAGAAUAAUGUAAUUGCGAAAAUAUUGGACCACUAAUUUUGCAUUACAUGCAUUGAUUUUUCAUCGUUUGUCUUUUUUGAGUUGACUUUUCGUGCUCCAAUCUUAUUUAGAGCUAGGUAGCACGGACACUUUAUUCAAUUGACGUGUCUCAUUUCAAAAACAUUUCGGAUAUUGACGUUUCGUACACGUAACAUUUUAGAGUUUAAUAUGUUCAAUAAUUUUUAUUUA